UGCCGGCAUCGUUUCGUCUAAUUAGAACGUUAAUUUAAAUGCAAACGGGAGCGCAAAAAAAAAAAAUAAAAAUAAAACAUAACACAAAAAUAAUUAAAUUUCAGCUUUGUUACAAGGCUUUAAUCUUUCUUUGUUUUUUGUUGCUAGCAUCGUUCAGCUUUAUUAAUAGCAAUAUUUUUGUUUGUGCGAUAUGUGAUACACCAUUGACUUUGAUAUAAUUAAAAUUUUUGUUUUCAAGUGCAAUACAGUUCUACAUUAACUGAGUACUAUAUACCGCAAUGGUAUAUGAGACUUCCUAUGAGAGUGGCCGCAGGCCAUUCAAACCAGACUUGAAUCGUGGCAAAUGGGAACAGCCAACGGACUAUAUAUACGCCUGUUUUGGCUUGGCACUCAAAUUGGAUUCAUUUGUUGCUUCAUAUUGGUUUUAUUACGAUAUGGGCUUGUUUGGCAUGUUACCUUACUAUAUCUAUAUGGCUUUGUAUCUGGUCCCUAUACUGGUAAUACAUUCAUUUAUGGGUCAAUUCUCGAGCAGUGGUUUCAUCUCUGCUUUUCGAGUGUCGCCGUUUUUUAAAGGCAUGGGAUAUGUGAGUCUUGCAUUGAGCCUUGCAAGUUUGCUCUAUUAUGGCAUCUUUGCAUUCGUCCCACUUAUAUUCAUAGUAAAUUCCCUACGUCCAACUCUCCCUUGGAGCUGCGAGGGAUUUAGUUCUUGGUCCAAUGAAUCAACUAUCUGUAAUAUGACAGAUAAACAAGUCAACUCAAUUCUAAUAAGUAAUAAUGAAUCGGAAAUCUUCGAGAUGACUAUCGUGCACGUGCCUUCAGUGAUUUACUUUAAAAAAUACUAUGAGUCAUUGAAUGACAAUCGAUUCGAUAAUGAAAAUUACGAAUUAUCUUGGCACAUUGUGGGUUUCUCUUUUGCCAUAUGGGCUUUAAUUGCCUUAAUUUUCUACAAGUUCUCCGAAACAGCCAAGUUUGGUAAAUUGGUUCGCUACAUGGUCGUCUCCACAUUGGUGCUUUUGGUGAUGUGCUUCAUUCGCUUUCUGUUUCUACCUGGUGCCUGGGAUGGACUCACGCAUUAUGUAAAGCCCCGUAUAGAUGCUAUGGUAUAUGGUGGCUUUAGCAUGACUACAGUGGUGCUGCAGGCUUUUGGUUCUGGCUGGGGUACGGUUAUGGCUUUAGCCAGCUUUAACAAUUUCAAGACAAACGUUAUGAAGUAUAACUGGAUCAUUGCGUUUGGACAGACACUCGUCUACAUUUUGUUCGGAAUGGUAACCUAUAUGUUGGAUCGGUAUUAUGACAAUAUGACGCCAAAAGAUUUCAACACGUAUGUAGAUGACCACUGGGUUUUGUACUUAUCAAGUGCCAGUGCUUUGUCUACACUGGAAUGGCCCAAUAUGUGGACCAUUAUCUACUAUAUCAUGUUGCUUAUGGCUUCACUGAUUGUCAUGACCACGCAACUAUUUACGGUAUUCACGAGUCUCUUCGAUGAGUUCGAGUUAUUGAGGAUGUAUAAGAAGGAGGUUAUCUAUGGAGUGUUGGGCUUUUUAUCUGUCUCUUCGAUAUUAUUUUGCACUAAUCACGGCGUUGUAUACUUCUCGGCAUUCACAUUGGAUUCGACACUUUCGCACCCUAUUUUGCAUCUGCUUCUCCUUCUGGCUGUACUUUGGGUCUACGGACGGGAGCGAUUCCAGCGGGACAUUGAGUUCAUGCUUGGACAGCCGUUUGCCUCAUGGAAGGUUUUUAUACUGCGUUUCAUAGCGCCACUAUUUCUGUUGCUCGCUGCUCUUAUGAGCUCAAACUCUUUUGAAUAUGAGGACGCAUUUACCGCCUCCUCCAUUGUGAUUUAUAUAAGUUUGUUUUUCGUACUGCUGCCUGUAUUGUUUAUUCCGGGUUAUGGCGUCUAUAUUAUGUGCAAAAAUACUGGCGGAUUUUGUAAUCGCUUCAGGCGUGCCUGUCGACCAAACGACUGGUAUCCCGUUGAAAUGGAAGAUCGCCAGAAAUAUGAGGAGGUUGUGGGCAAUGCGGAUAUUACUCAUCAAUUAUAUGAAGUUACCGAGGAAGUAAAUUAAUGUGUCCAACACUUUUAAUUGUUAAUUUUCUUUGAUGUUUUCGCAUUUAAUAAAAUACAUAUAUCUAAGAUUUUAACUGUGCACAACUAAA